AAGAGGAAGAAAGAAUAAAAGAGGAAGGAAAGAGCGAGAGACAGAGGGAGAUCUAAAGUCGACAAUGGCGAAAUCAAACACCGAUAAACCGCUCAGAAAAAUAGCAGAAGCAUUCAAUGAACUGGCCGCCACCGUCAAUUCACAGACCGCCGAUGUCGAGGUGGCGCCAUUCUCUCACGCCUCUUCUCUCGUCUCUCCUCUCUUUGGCUGCCUAGGAAUCGCCUUCAAGUUCGCCGAAAUGGAUUACGUCGCCAAGGUUGAUGAUCUUGCAGUGGCAUCAAAGUCGAUAAUGACAUUGCAAGCUUUGCUUGAUCAUGAUAUAAAGGGAAACUGUGUGCGGAAAGCUGGUAGUCACACUAGAAAUCUUUUGAGGGUGAAGCGUGGACUCGACAUGGUUAGGGUUCUUUUUGAACAAAUCAUAGCUACAGAGGGCAAUUCCUUAAAAGAUCCAGCUUCCAAAGCGUAUGCACAAGUAUUUGCUCCCCAUCAUGGAUGGGCUAUAAGGAAAGCUGUUGCUGCAGGGAUGUAUGCCCUUCCAACCAAAGCACAACUGUUAAAAAAGCUCAAUGAAGAUGAGGCGUCAGCGAGGAUUCAAAUGCAGAAUUACAUUACUGCAUCUGCUCCAGUCAUUGUGUACGUCGACAAACUCUUCAUUUCACGAGAGUUGGGUAUAGAUUGGUAAAACAUGGAUUUUAUCUUCACAAACUCCUCUUUCAAGUGCACUGGAUGUAGAUUGGUAAAAUAUGUAUUUCAUUUAUAUAUUAAUAUUUAUUGUGAUAAUCUUUUCUCACUUUAACACUGAAAUUAAACUUAAG